AGCGAGAUCCUUUUCACACUCAAAAAUGGGUUCCGCCGAACAGAGAAUAAGCCUCAUCGAACCUGACACUACUACUCAGGGUCUUCUCAACAACCACACCGAGAAGCAUUUCACCGCCGGCGAUAUCGUCCGCGACAUCAUCAUCGGCGUCUCCGACGGCCUCACCGUCCCCUUCGCCCUCGCCGCUGGACUCUCCGGCGCCAAUGCCACCUCCUCCAUCGUCCUCACCGCCGGCAUCGCAGAAGUCGCCGCCGGCGCCAUCUCCAUGGGUCUCGGCGGGUAUUUGGCGGCAAAAAGUGAAGCUGAUCAUUACGACAGAGAAUUGAGAAGGGAGCAAGAAGAAAUCAUCGCAGUACCAGAAACUGAAGCAGCAGAGGUAGCUGAAAUAUUGGCUCAGUAUGGGGUAGAGGAACAUGAGUAUACACCUGUGGUGAAUGCUCUCAGAAAGAAUCCUCAGGCAUGGCUUGAUUUCAUGAUGAAGUUUGAGUUGGGACUAGAGAAGCCAGAUCCAAGAAGAGCAUUGCACAGUGCAUUGACAAUUGCAGUUGCUUACAUAUUGGGUGGGGCUGUUCCUCUCCUUCCUUACAUUUUCAUUCCAAAGGCAUCAGAUGCAGUGGUGAUUUCAGUUGUGGUUACCUUGUUUGCAUUGCUGGUCUUUGGCUUUGCCAAGGGAUACUUCACUGGUAAUAAACCUAUCAGGAGUGCUUUGGAAACUGCUCUUAUUGGUGCUAUUGCUUCUGCCGCUGCUUUCGGUUUGGCAAAGGCUUUCCAUCCUUAGAUCCAUGCUCUGUACUUGGUGGCAAUGAAGACUCUUCUGAAAACUAUCAUUCCCAUCUUAUUAGCUAUUUAUUAAUAGUUGUUAUUUCUUGCAGCUUUUCAAUUCAUUUUUCUACCAUGGAUUCAUAAACAAUCCCCCUUUUGAACUUUUGUCGUGAACUUUUGUGGUUAGUAUCAUUUGGCAAUUUAAUCGUCUCUUUUGAUAGCUCGAAUGUGUGUAUUCAUCUUGG